AAGUGGAACUUUGUUUUCACUCGUUUCUUCCGGAAAUAUUAUCUCGUUACUCCACUGUUUCCGGCGUCUACUUCUUAGCAGAAAAAUAACGCCUAUUUAAAGUGUCAUCUUCUACCUCGUCUCUUCCGCAAUGGCUGGAAACUUCUGGCAAAGUUCUCACUAUCUGCAGUGGGUGCUGGACAAGCAGGACCUCACAAAGGAACGUCAGAAGGACCUCAAGCUCCUCUCGGAGGAGGAAUACUGGAAGCUGCAGAUCUUUUUUGCCAAUGUCAUUCAGGCUUUGGGAGAACAUUUGAAGCUGAGGCAACAGGUUAUCGCCACUGCGACUGUCUACUUUAAACGCUUCUAUGCAAGAUAUUCCCUGAAAAGUAUUGACCCUGUUCUCAUGGCACCUACAUGUGUUUUCCUAGCAUCAAAAGUGGAGGAAUUUGGAGUUGUUUCCAACACAAGGCUAAUCUCCGCGGCAACAUCUGUGUUGAAAACACGAUUCUCCUACGCCUUUCCGAAGGAGUUCCCAUACAGGAUGAAUCACAUACUAGAGUGUGAGUUCUACCUGUUAGAGUUGAUGGACUGCUGCCUGAUUGUGUACCACCCGUACCGCCCGCUCCUGCAGUACGUGCAGGAUAUGGGUCAGGAGGACAUGCUGUUGCCGUUGGCCUGGCGCAUCGUCAAUGACACGUACAGGACCGACCUAUGUCUGCUCUACCCUCCCUUCAUGAUCGCCCUAGCUUGUCUGCACGUGGCCUGCGUGGUGCAGCAGAAGGACGCCAGGCAGUGGUUUGCAGAGCUUUCAGUGGACAUGGACAAGAUUCUGGAGAUUAUCCGUGUUAUCCUCAAACUGUACGACCAGUGGAAGAACUUUGAUGAUCGCAAGGAAAUCGCCGCCGUGCUCAACAAGAUGCCCAAACCCAAACCGCCGCCUAACAGCGAGAACGAUCAGAGCUCCAACGGCAACCAAAGCAACUCGUACAGCCAAUCAUAGCGCCGGCCAGCCGACUGACUUGGGAAGAUUAAAAACAACAAGCGCUUAGGACUUCUGACGCAAAGUCAAGAUGAAUUUUGAUGAUUCAAAUGAUGUUACGUCCUAGAACAUCACACAACUAAACUUGAUCACAAUUGGGUGCGUCUGUGUUUGCAUGAAUGUGUGUUACACGUAUGUGUGAGUGUGUGAAUUGCUCAGGGUGUGUAGUAUUGUUCACUUAGAAUAAUGUGAUUCUUUCAAUCCAACUGUUUUUUUUUUUUCUAAAUAUGCCCACAUUCAUUUGUGACAAUUCCACUUUGUUGUUUUAAUUUCUUAUAUUUCAUGCUUUUUUUCUUUGUACAUUUUUUUAAUGUCUAUUUAAUCGUGGAAUCAUUAACCUGUGCACAAAUGUGUCAAUGUAGAUUUGCGGUGUUUGUGCGUUUGUGUGCGUACCAACCAGGUACAAAGCCUUACAAAAUGAAAGCUGCUGAAAUUACAGGGAGCACACGUUAGGUUUUUUGGUGGAAACAAAAAAAGUUGGCUCUAUCGGACUCAUGAGGCCUGUUGGUUUCCCUCGUGAAUGACUUCUAUUUGGCGCACGUCUGUGUUGCUUCAUAUUAAAUGACAUUACUAUUCAUGUGUUUUGGAGGCACAGGGAGAAACGUAGCGUUCCCUUCUGGCAAUGUCCAUCUGCCACAUGACUGUUCACUUGAGUCUCUAAUUUUAAAAAAGGGCUUUUUUUGUUUUUUCUUUCACUUUAAGCGGAAUAUUCCGUCACCUGAAUCUGUUUUGUCUACUUGAAUAUAUGAUAAUAAAAUGUUUGAUGUACAA